AUGUCACCUUCCGAGAGACUGGCAGAAGAGGAUAAGCAGGACGAACAAGUAAUAAAUACCUCACAUUCUUCUUCUCCGCCGAGUCAACCAGAUUUGAAACCUAUCAAGAAGCAGAGGAAACCGCAAACUGAAGAAGAGUAUCAGUAUCAACUUUCACUUUGGGCCAAGACGGGACCUCAGAUAAAUACAGAGACAUGGCUUUAUGAAGACCUUGACCGAUUAGAUAAUACAAGGAAGGUAGAUCGUCAAAAGAUCCUUCAUGCUUGUGAAAAGGCAUAUUAUGAACGCGACUGGUUAAAGUGUUUGGAAAUGUGUAACAUUGGAGAGAAAUUGUUUGGUGUUGAUUUAAAUGCUGUUGGUGAAGAGCUUCGAAGGAAUUUUGAGAACAAGGGGAGAAAGACAAAAACCAGUGGGAAGAUUGAACGACAUAUUAUUGAGUUGCUCAAUAUUAAGGAACGAUGUUUAUCUAGAAUAGAAGAGAGAAAAUAG